AUGUACCCGCCCAGCAUGGCUCGGGCGAAGGGUGACGAUCCCUUUGACUGGGAGAUAGAUCGCGUAGUCCAGGAACUCUGUACCUCGGAUCGCAGCUGGAUACCUACUCCUCGUGCCAAGCUGCCAGAUCCAGAACCUUUGGCCCAGAAGUUGAGAGAGGGUGAAUACGACGGGGAGACUUUGCUGGCCACUCCAGAGGAUGACCUCUGGAAGGACCUGGGUAUUACCAAGGCCAAGUUCAAGGUCAAUCUUCGCCAUGCCAUCGGCCAGUUCGUCUCGCGGAGCCCAAAGUACAGGCACUAUUUGGCAUCCAUGAAAGAUAAGGAUGCUGACUCCGACGUUGAAACCACUGAGGCCCCCCACCAGGCCUUCACCCCAAUGUCUGACGCCAGUGUACCAGCGCUAGCGCCAGCUACUGUGCGCUCCGUUGAGACGGUCGAGAACGGUGUCGAAACCCCAAGAAUCGACGAACACCCUGAUGAGCCGCCUAAGAAAAAGACGAAGCGCUUGGAAAUAUCAGCCAUGACUACAACAAGUCGGCCUUCCAACGCGGGCUCGCCCUUCAAUAUUGCACCCCUUCCCACUGAGCUGGACACCAUUCAGCACUCUUUGAAGGAAGCAGCAUGGAUGUCAACGCACGGGGAGAUGCCACAGGCUCCACUGGAAGAUCUCGAAAUGGACCUUAAGCAGUGUGAGAGCAGCCCUGGGGCGUACUGGGGCAAUGGUAAGCUCCCCAGGUCAGGUAUCAUUGAAGCUUCAACCUCAACAGACAAUGAUGUGAACUUUGGCUGGGGACGACCCAAGCCCAUUGGCAGGGCGAAGAAGAAAUAUGUUGCCGACAAGCUGAAGGCAUAUCUCCGUCGCCAGAAGCAAGGAUUCGAUGAUAAGGCCAACGACAUCUUGCCACUGUAUGGACAGUCUGAUGACGAGGAAUACGGUUCUGAGUUGGACAAGCUCAUCGAAGAAGAGGAAAUGGAAGGGGAGGAAGCAGACCAAGAUCUUGGCGUACUCGAUGCGUCCGAGAAAGAUGACAUUCUCAAGCAGAUGUUGGAUGGAUGUACUACCCAUUGGCAUGAGCAGCAGCUUCCGAAAGAAAAGCACAAAGCUUACAAGAUGUGGAACGACGCCCGAAGACACGGCACCAGAGGCAGCACAGUCAAAGCCAUGUCCGAAGAGCUCUGGAAGGGGCGGACACGCCUUGAUAAGACACUUGCCGAGAUGAAGGAUAACCAGUACAAGACGGAAUCCGAGCUUCGUGGCAUGUCUGAUAUCUUGCAGCCGGAUGUCGACAAGAUUGAGCACAUCAAGUGGCUUAUCGGCGUGCUCAAUAGCCCACAUGCGCCGGAACGGGUCAUCCGGCCGAAAGCACCAUCCCAGAGGAAGCCUCACACGAAGCGUAAAGACGACAUCGAUCUUUGGAGUGAAGACGAGCUGCAGGAGGAUAUGCACAACUUCAUUGUUGAUGACGACCCUUAUGAGGAGGCUGAUCCUCGAGACCAGCCCGUGGAGCCCCAGGAGGACAACGUGGAGCACUCAGUCUCGAACGUGUCAUUGAAUCCAUCUCACAGCUUCCUGUCUAGCACCAGCGAUGACAUCGAAAUGCACGACUUGACGCAGAUUGAUGACUCACCUUUCCGAAGUCGAAGUUACAAUCUGAUCGAUUUAGUGACUCCGACCAAGCCGAAGCGAGGACCUGCAACACCGCGGGGAUCUGCCAAACGUACACCACAUGGUGCGUCCCCGGCCGCGGAGAAGUUUCCCCUGAGUGAGCCAAAGGCCAUCCACAACAAGGGGUCCUUGUACUGGGAGGAGAGACGGGACGUUGAGCGACUCAUUGUAUCUUUGCUCUUGAACCAGCCUAAAGGCAGACAGGAUGACAUUUUCCACAGCGUGCUCUUCCUACAGAAAGAAAACGAUUCGAUUGAAUCGUUCAGACAAGAGUAUAUCGACUUCAUCUGCAAUUACUCCAAGCCCACCUCAGACUUGGCCAAAGGGUCAAGGGAGAAGAACCGAUAUGACACAGCGGCCCUGCUCACCAGACUGUUUGCCAUCUACCUGAACAAACACUCGGAAUCAGCCUUUUCCAAAUUUGCAAAGAUGGAUACAGGUCUGAUCGGGCAUGUUCAGGCAGGAAUAGGACACCUUGCUGAAUUCUGGUCCCUACUCACGACACUAGCUCCUUACUUCGGCUACACGCAGGGGGAGGAUGAGCACCUCUCAACUGAUGGAGAAGAUGCCCCUGAAAGCUCUGGCGCAAUACCAGUUGCUGAGCCCAAGCAAGCACCAGCUGGAUCUUCACAGAACGUCAGGGACAAGGAAAAGCGGCGCCAGAGAGAGCAGGAGCAGCGAAGACUACAGCUUCGACAGCAAGUCCAGGGCUCACUACUCCCAAGAGAGAAAUCCCGCCUUAUCAUCAACGAGUCCAAGCUGGAGGGCCAGAACCUUGUGUACAUCCACGAUCACAUAGCCGGUUAUAUCAAAGACCACCAGAUCGAUGGAGUCCGCUUCAUGUGGGAUCAGAUCUUGUCAGACGCGAAGCAGGGCUGCCUCCUCGCGCAUGCAAUGGGUUUGGGUAAGACGAUGCAGGUGGUUACGCUCCUGACUGCAAUUCAAGAGGCAGCGAAGUCCGAAGACCCCAAGGUGUCCUGCCAAAUACCCGAUGAUCUGAAGGUGUCCAAGACACUCAUACUCUGCCCUGCGGGCCUACUUCAGAAUUGGGUGGAGGAGAUUCUGAAAUGGGCCCCUGUCGGUCUCCUUGGGCCUCUUCUCUGGGUCAGCGCCGACCUGUCUGAGGAUGAGCGGUCUGACAUGAUCCAAGAAUGGGCGGAUGAGGGUGGCGUCCUGGUGAUCGGGUACACAAUGCUCACGCAAAUCGCGAAACGAGACAACCUGCUGUCGCUGAUUCUGGAAUCGCCCUCCAUUGUGGUUGGCGAUGAGGCGCACCAGCUGAAGAACGAAAAGUCACAGAGAAGCAACAUUGCAAGUCGUUUCAGAACGAAUACAAGAAUCGCCCUGACAGGGUCACCACUGGCUAAUAACGUUGAUGAAUAUUAUGCCAUGAUCCAAUGGGUUGCACCCGGAUUCCUGGGGGAAAAGAAAUGGUUCAACUCGGAGUACACCAGCCCGAUUGCCAAGGGGCUGUACGAAGACAGUUCUCGCGCAGAGAAGAAGAAGGCCAAAAUUCGUUUGGCGGCGCUAACGCAGCUCGUGGCGCCCAAGGUGCAUCGGAGGACUGUUGCCACUCUCAAAGACAGCCUACAGCCAAAGACAGAGUACAUUGUUUAUCUCGACAUUAGGAGUGUACAGAGGGCAGUAUACCUAUCCCACCUGGCUGCAGUUAACGGGACAGGCGGUGAACAGAAUCCGUUGAUGUGGGGUUUAAUCAGGACUCUUGGCUUGCUACUUGCCCAUCCGCUGAUUCUUGAACGGGUUCUGAAGCAGAAGCUGCCGGGGGGCGGGCAACUGGACUCCAAGAAAGUUGCCAGCAAGGAGGACGAGGAAGACCAACUGCCUCACCAAGUCGUGUCCACCACUUUGAACGCGCUCACCGCUCAGCAGGGUUAUGCAGAUCUCAACAGCUCCUUCAAGAUGCUCGCGCUCUUCAAGAUCAUCGAGGAGACGACAAAGCUGGGGGAGAACCUCCUGGUGUUCACUCAAAGCAUCCCCUCCUUGGACUUCAUCGAGAAUAUUUGCAGACUGAAGAAACUGGUGUAUAAGCGGCUAGAUGGCAAAACUGAAGUCAACAAGCGCCAGGCACAGGUCAAGGCAUUCAAUGAGGGUUCUGGACAAGUCUACCUGAUUUCGACUACUGCAGGCGGCGUAGGUCUCAACAUUUACGGGGCAAGCCGGGUUGUUAUAUUUGACUUCCAGCACAGCCCAGUCCAUGAGCAGCAAGCGAUUGGUCGAGCAUACCGUAUUGGGCAGACCAAGCCAGUGGUUGUGUACUGGCUGAUCUGUGACGGCACUUUCGAGAAGACCCUGCACAAUCAACAGGUCUUUAAGAACCAGCUGGCGUCCAGCGUGGUGGACAAGAAGAAUCCCUUGCCCAAAGCAACAUCGAUCAGGCAGUACUUCACGGAGCCUCGGCAAGUCGAGCACCAAGACACGGCAGCGUAUUUGGGGCAGGACGCCGUCCUCGACACUCUGCUCCUUUCAGAGGAGGUCCGCGAGGGCAUUUCAUCCAUCAGCACGACAGAGACUUUCGAAGAAGAAGACACCCAUAAACUGGAGGAUGAUGAAAUAGCUUUAGCACGCCAGCUUGUGCAGGAGCAAAUUUCUCGGAGAAACAACCCUGCGGAGGAGAACCCCCCUGGACUCCUCCCCCAGCCGUCGGAACAAGUACGAGAGAUCUCAUCUUUUUUCCAUACAGCCUCUGUCGAUUCUGCCGCUGCGUUUUCUCCUGCGUUUUCUCGCCCUACCCAAGCCAUUGGUUCAGCUUCAGCAUCCACAGCUGCACCAUUCCUUGGUGAAGUCAUCACUGCUUCUGGAAUGCCCGACGUUCGUGCAGGUUCUCUUCCUCCUCUGUCUCCCCUGGACUCUAAGAACGUCGGUGGCCAGAACCGGACAAUGUCCCUCCCCCCUGAAUUCCGGUCUAUACUUGCUCCGUCACCAAUGGAGUUCGAGUUUAUGGCGGUCGAUCCCAACGCUAAUUUUCUGACACAGAUGGCACCUACAAUUCCGAUUCCAGUUCCGCCCAAUUUCCCAAUAUCCAUGGGAGGUUACCAGCACGACUUGUACCAGCGUUAUGCGGUGACGUCGGGCGGAUUUGGACAGGUUCCAUACCAGCACAACGCAGAUGGCUUGAUAGAUGCCAACACUCUCCACAACGACCUAGCACCGCGUGUGCUCGCUCGAGACGACCCAUUCGUGGAGUCGGGCCCCAGACAUCAUCAACUUGGUGCUGCUGGAGCACAGAGUCUGUCAAGAGCUGCUGUCGAAUCGAGCAUGACGCCGAUCACUAUGGACACAGCUCAGAGCCGCAGUGCGCAAAUGGCAGCAGGUGAUCCUGGGCGACCCACUGCACCGCAAGACAUGUUGCCUAUGGCGAUAGGCGGCACGCAGAAGCGACCGAUUCCUGGCCCAGCAGACCAUGGUAUCCCUGUCCCUCGAGAAUCCAUGGAACCUAUAAGAAUGGGGUCGAUAAUGUCGAGGCCCACCAAUGUUGAUGGAAUGGGUGAUUUCCAGGCUGAGUUGACGAGGCAGGCGAGUUUUCCUCUCAGAAAAGAGGUGUCGGCUGUCGUGGAGCGUAUCAAUAGAAACAUCAAGGGAGGCGGUCUCGUGAGAAACAGCAUAUGGGCCAAGCUGAAGGCCCUCGUUCGGGGACGCCAAGACCGUGCGGAUGCAAUCCUCAACGGAACCGUUUCGGCCGAGGCUCUGGCCACGGCUGGGAACCCCAAGGCUGGUCUGGAGAAUCUCCUGGAUGGACGCAGCUCGGUACCACAGUCUCAGGAUGACAAGCGCAUGAAGGAUCCUGAUGUAGGCGACCCCCUCUGA